AUGAGUUUAGACAAUGUGUGGCCGCAAAGACGUGGAAACUUGGAUUUUGAAGAUGCAAUACGUUGCAAAUACGUUACGAAGAAUAAUCAGCUAGGUGACGGUUAUUUUAGCGUUGUCAAAGAGUGUAUGAACAUUCACACCCGGGACCUUUUCGCCAUGAAGCUGAUAAGUAAGAAAACGGUACAGGGCAAACUAUGGCUCAUUCAGCGGGAGGUAUCGUUGUUGAAAGAUAUGAAUGAACGUAUUCGAGAGCUGGAACUCUCAGGUUCACAAAAUCACGACACUUUUGAAGGCCACCACCAUGUGUUGCAAUUGUUUGACUACUUUGAGACCGCACAACAUAUCGUGCUGGUCACACAACUGUGCGACCAUGGAGACUUGUACGAAAACAUCAUCGAGGCUGGGUCCUUGCAUAUCACACGUCAAGUCAGACCCUACACGGCGUGUUUGUUGAGCGCCAUACACUUUUUGCACGAAAAUGGGGUGGUUCAUCGCGAUGUCAAAGCUGAAAACGUCAUUUUCCGACGUCGUGUCACUGAACUCAGCGAAUUUGCCCGGAGGGGCUCUGACUACGAUCCUACGGCUCACGACCUCGUUUUGGCCGAUUUUGGUCUUGCCACCAGGCUCAAUAGCUCCGAAGACGAAUUGCGAGAAUGUGUAGGGACCAUUUCAUAUUUGGCACCUGAAGUAAUGAAGUGUCAGGGUAUUUCAAGACUUCCACCUUCAGAACAGAAGACGAUCGCUCCUUAUGAUAAACUAAUCGACGUCUGGGCUCUUGGCGUACUUUCCUACUUUAUGAUGACCGGCUACAUGCCAUUUGAUUGUGACACCGAUGCGGAAACACGCAAGUGCAUCUUGGAAGGUGAUUAUUACGUGGAUGAGGGGUUGCGCGACGAGCACGACGCGGACAGUACCCUAUUUUGGAACUUUAUUCAUCUGUGUUUUAACGUCAACGCCAAAGAACGGCCCUCAACUCACGAUUUGAGAAAACACCCCUUUGUGCGCGCAUUUUUCCAAGACGACGAGACCCCGGAGCCCUUUGGAGAUCGAAUUAGGCUUCACAAAAGCAUUUCUUCCUCUUCACUGCACAAAUUGCAAACGCCAUCACGCUCUGCGAGCUCCACGAGCGUUUUGCAUCUUGGUUCGCCCGAGUCAAGAACAAAUAUGAAGCGCAAUUCAUCUCGCGAUGAGGAGUUGAACAAGAUCCGCGAAACGCUUAAGAAGACGUUGUCGAUGACAUCGCUGAAGUCCGCGCAACCGGCACGCAAUCCAUACAAGGACAAUUCUACGUUUAUGCUUGCACCUAUGCCCCCUACCGGCUCUUUGAUGAAUGGAUGUUUGUCGCUUACGCCCGAAAGUAAGUCCAACUUCAAUACCCCGCCUAGUUUGUCGCGUACAGCGUCUUCAAACAACGUCUCGCCACCGGCAUCGGCCAAUACGGCGCUGACGGGCAUCGAAUCAAGCUCUUCACGCAAGCGUGGCGAGGCUCGGUUCGACAUGUAG